ACAGUUGGUGGAGGCUGCACGUCGCUCCCGUCUCUCCUGUCUAACAGGGAGUCUUCCCAGUGAUCGUGAAAGUUUAAUGAUUCUACAAGGGAAAUAGAUACAUCAUUGUUUGUGAAACUCAUACCAUAAGUUGUGUUCAUCAUUACCAAAGUGGAAUCUGGUAGUGGAGAGUCUUGCAGUGGUUAUAUAGUGUAGGAUCACAUGGCUGCUGUGUUAAGGCGUAUUUGAAGUCUACUGGCGUAGUAGCCUUCAAGUGUACCACCAGCAUCACCUACCUUCCCUCCUGACACCUGACGACCUUCAUUAUGUGCUGAACAGGUACAUGUGGCUACCACGGCUCUCUACAACAGUGGUGCGCUGUGAGUACACCCUGUAGUACACUCUGUGGUGCACCCUGUGAUCACACGCCAGUGUAACUUACAACUCAAGCAGAUUGAUGAGCCGGGCGGGCAGGUAGCCAUGGAGGUGGUUACUGAAAAAUGGGCGCCUUCACCCACCCUUACACUACCUCCAUUAUCACCACAACCACCACCACAACCCAGUGCCAGCAGACACUGCUGCUAUUGUAGUACCUCUACCAGACGCCUGCUGCACUGGGUUCUCCUGCUUCUUUGGUUCUCGUUUCUCCACCAGGCGGAGUCCCACAAAUGCAUCAGACUGCAAGAAAGAAACCUUACCUUACCACCGCCCAGGUAUGUUUAUGACAAGCGGCAGCAGCGGCAGCUAGCGCUCACUCUGGACACCUCACAGAGACUCUCUCAUCAACUCACCACGGCUGUUGUUAAGAUACUACUGGAGGAAGGGUUGGGCUAUCAGAAUGUAACAAUCACGCAGUAUGAAGAAGACAGCUUUAAUUUGACAAAAGCCCUAGAGCGACUUAAUGCAACUAGCAGGAAUGGUAAUGGAGGUAAUUUACCUAUUGCCAUGAUCAAUCUGGAAGUGUGGCAACCACCUAGCUCACGUGAGGAGGAUACAAUAGCCAAGAGUGACUGUGGAUCACAUUCCUCUGGUAGCAGAUUCGGCUGGUACGUCUCCAACAACAGUUAUACCCAAACAGAUCUCAUCACAGACCACUGGCGUUCCUUCCAGCGACCAGAAGUAACACAGUUGUUUGAACUCACCCCAGAAGAAGAUUCUCAGUUAAGGGAACUUACAAAAACUUCCACUGGGUACUACUGUGAUGCUGACUAUUGUAAUCAAGGCAUAUACACUCCAUCACAUUGCAACAAUGAGACCCACUGUGCAACAUUAUUUGUCGGGAGUUUCAAUACGUAUUCCCAAUUCCUGAAGAACCAAGUGGACUUGGAGAAGCUGCUAGUUCGCGUUGCUUGGAUAGGACCUAAUCUUGACCCUCGGUUUCUCUGUACUUUCCGGGGUUCUAAACCCAUUGUAUUUUUUGACUGGUGGCCAAACUUGCUUUCCAAUUUGGAUGAAUUCAUGCCAGUUUCCUUCCCUUCUUGCUUAAGCUUCCAAGGUGAAGACUCCUACUUGUGUAAUUAUGAAUUACAUACACUGAAGAAAUUCAUAUGGGGAGAACUACUAAAUUCUGCAAAAGUUGCAGUGGAGUCAGUAAGACGAUUUUAUCUGCGUGAAGAGGAUUACCAAGAGUUGUUAUCUAUGUAUGAGGAGCGGAUUGCUAACUGCAACAGUAACUCCACUGCAGUUGUUCAGCCAGAUAGUCAGGUUAUUGAGAGUAUUGCCUGUGAAUGGCUACAGCAGAACCGCAGCGAUGACACAGUAGUCUGGAAGAACUGGCUGUCACAUGAUUAUUAUGCCAAGACUAUUUUGUGGAUUGCUGGAAUAUUCCCAAUGAGCAGUGAGAGAAAUAUUGGGUUUUCCAGCCAUACUUUAGUUAAUGCUGCUGAAUUGGCCUACAAGAAUGUAAAUAAAAAUGAUAAAGUUUUGCAUGAUUUUAAGAUCGUUGUGUUGAAUCAGAAUGGUGGAUGCAAAAGUGAAGACGUACUCACUGCUUUUAUCCGUUACAUUCGGAAGGACUCCAGUCAUCUGACCUUCGAACAAAUGAUAGGGGUUCUUGGCCCAGCAUGUUCGGAAACUGUGGAGCCUCUUGCUGGGGUUGCGAAGACUUUCAACACGGUGGUAUUGUCAUAUAGUGCUGAAGGAGCUAUAUUCAGUGACCAUGAAAAAUACCCACACUUUUUCAGAACCAUUCCAGAAAACAAAAUGUAUGGGUAUGUAUAUUUUGAUUUGUUCAAAUUGUUUGAGUGGAAGAAUGUGGCAGCACUCACAGAAGAUUCGAACAAGUACAGCAAAUACCUGAACCUCCUGCGCAAUAUGCUUCCAACUACAAUGGACCUUGAAAAUCGCAGUUUUCAUAAAAAUUCAGAUAAUAACAUGACUGAUCAUCUGAUGAAGUUGAAUGCCAAAAACCGUAAAAUCAUCAUUGGCGACUUUUAUGCAAGCACGGCCCGUGAAGUGAUGUGCGAGGCUUACCAUCUCAACAUGACAGCCCGUCAUAACUAUGUAUGGUUCCUGCCACGGUGGUUCACCAGUAAUUGGUAUAACACGUCACUUUAUUCUCAGAAAGAUAAGAAAAAAAUUCCCUGCAAUACAUCCAUGAUGUUAGAGGCUAUUGAUCGUCACAUGUCCUUGGGUUAUGCCUAUUAUGCUCCUGAUGAUUUUGUUUACCAUGAAAACAAGACUGUGAAACAGUGGCGAGAGGAAUACUUUAAAAAAUACCAUCAUGAGCCUGCAGAUUAUGCUGGAUACACAUAUGAUGCUGUAUGGACAUAUGCUUAUGCAUUGGAUAAACUUCUAAAAGAAGAUCGGACUCAUAUCUCCAACUUACAUAGUGACAGGACCAACAAGCGGUUUGUUCAGCUCAUAAGACAGAUAGACUUCAAUGGUGUCUCUGGGCACAUCACCUUCCAGAAUGUGCACUCCAGAAAUACCAUAAUCAACAUCAUGCAGUUUGUAGUUGAUGAUAACAGAACUGGUGGGAGUUAUGAAACUAUUGGAACUUACAUGCCUACAAGCCCUUCAAGUGGCAUUCUUACCAUGAACAAACACAAAUGGCCCAAUGGGAUACCAAGUGAUGGCUCACCUGAAGAAACUUGUAUAUUUGAAACAUUCAAGAAAAUCCUUAAUGUCACGUGUGAUGUGGCCAUAGUUAUUGUAAUGGUUCUUAUCUUUGUUGUAUUUGCAAUUAUCUUGAUUGCUCUCUUCAUUGUUUACAAAAAGAGGUUUGAGAAGAUGGUUCCAGAUCAGCCAGCAUGGCCAUUAGGAGAACUUAUGUCUUUGGAUGAAUGGGAGCUGCCAAGGGAAAAAGUUGUCAUUAAUCGUACUAUCGGUGAAGGAGCAUUUGGUACAGUAUUUGGCGGUGAGUGUCAGUUUGGGGAUAACACACCCUGGCUGGCUGUAGCUGUCAAAACACUUAAAGUUGGCUCUACAGUUGAGGAAAAACUGGACUUCCUGGGCGAGGCAGAAAUGAUGAAAAGGUUCAAUCAUAAGAACAUUGUCCAAUUGCUUGGUCUUUGUACUCACCAAGAACCCAUCUACAUGAUCAUGGAGUUUAUGUUGUAUGGUGAUCUGAAGACUUACUUGUUGGCACGUCGUCACUUAGUAUCUGACCGAUCAUUGCACACAGAGGAGGAUGAAAUCAGCAGUAAACGGCUAACCUCCAUGGCACUUGAUGUCUGUCGUGCAUUAGCCUACCUCACAGAACUAAGAUACGUGCAUAGGGAUGUGGCAUGCAGAAAUUGCUUGGUGAGUGCAGAGAGGGUCGUCAAGCUCUCAGACUUUGGUAUGACGCGUCCUAUGUAUGAAAGUGAUUAUUACCGGUUCAAUAGACGAGCUAUGUUACCUGUGCGAUGGAUGUCUCCGGAGUCCCUUGAAGAUGGCCUUUUCACCAACAUGAGUGACAUGUGGUCAUAUGGUGUUCUGCUGUAUGAAAUCAUCACCUUUGGAAGCUUUCCCUUUCAGGGAAUGUCCAACAAUCAGGUUCUGGAGCAUGUAAGGGGCGGAAACACUAUUACCAUUCCUAAAGGUGUCAAGCCACAGCUUGAGCGUCUUCUGUUGAGUUGUUGGAGUAUGAAUCCUCAUGAUCGUCCCACAUUUAAUGAAAUGAUGGAAACAUUGACAAUGUGGCCUCGUCUUAUUACUCCGUGCCUGGAGGUUCCUUCAGCAGCAGUCCAGAUUAAUGAUACAGACUCUUUAGAGUUAGUGCUGCCCACUGAGCAAAGCUGUCGCAGGAGUUCUGCACCUAAUACACGUCUCCCAAAUACUAGAGUGCGCCACACAUCAGGCAGUGAUAAUGUACCAACCACCAAUGCGGUUCAACUCAGUAGUUUCUCUCGGCCACCCAACUCAACUGCUUUAACAAAUAAUCCUCUCUUAUCCUCACCAUCUUCUCUUAAUCCUUCCAUUAUUCUUAAUUCGAGUUGGAAUCGUACUCCUCAAGAAAAUGGGGGUGGGCCAUCUGUGGAGCCUCUGUUACCCCCAAACUGUGAUUCAUAUGUGACUAAAUACGUUUGCCUACAACGCACCAAAUCAGGUGAAAAGUGUCAUGAUUUAGAUUCUCCUACCAAUAUGACGUCUGUGUGAUUUGACAUUUAGUGUGGAUUUUUGUUAUUUAAAGAUCCCAGUGUUUUAUUUUAAAUAAUUCUUACUGUUCAAAUUACAGUUAUAACUUAGAAAAGUUAUACAGCUAUGUGUCUAAGACGUGCUUUGCCAUUACAUGAGAAGACAUUUCUUUGACAAGGGAUGCCAUGUGCUCAAUAAUGACUUUACUAGUAUUAGUGCAGAAAGCUCAAGUAUGUCAGCUGUUCUUCAAAAACUUUUCUGCCAGAACACUUCUGCACACACAAAAAAAAAAAUGCAAGUAGAAACUUGCCAAAGUUGCAAGCUACAGUUCUCAGAAUGUUCAUAUCAUUACCAGAUACAUAAACUAUGAGAAUAUUUGGCAUGUUAUAAUGCAUUUAUGGGAAUUAUUUUGGUCAGUGUGUAGACCAUGCUAAAUGUAUGUGUAUAUAAUUCUGCUGAGAGAAUAAUGUAACAGUGCAGGAGAUCUGAUAUUUCUUCUACAAGAAGUGACUAGGGUGCUACUCGGUGUUCAGCAGACGACAACGAAACUCAAGGCUUUGCAUGUUAGUCGUCUUUUUAUAUUUGUGAGUACUUUAUUAAAUAUCUGUUUUACUGUAAUCAUUUAUGAAACAAUGAUAUAUUUGUGUAGAAUGUCAGUGUGAGGGUGGUAGUCACUUCUUUAUUAUUUCAUCUUAGUCUUGGUUUCUGGUCAUAUGUCAGAUUUUAAUCAGGGAAAGCACUAAAUCCAUAGGGGUCAUAUAGUGCCUGGGGAAUGAGGGGCAUUCAGGUUUAAUCCAAGGAUCCAGUUUCUUGGAUUAAGAGACCCUCACUAGCAUCUAGGCACUUCUCUUGAGGGGUCAUAUGUCCAAGAUAUUUUUUUCCAAUCAAAUACCUUACCCAACACCAUGAUACAUUUACUGAUGGUUAGAAAAAUAUAUAAGCAGUUAUAUUUUUAAUAUGAGGUGCCAAAAAUGUACAAAUGAUCAAUAUAUUGUAGUUUUACUAGCAAGAGUUACUUGAUAAUCUUCAUUUUCUUAUAAAAUACAGUUCCUGAGAAUCUGCCUCAUGAAGUAACUAAUCAUUAUAUGAUUUAGAAUUUAUACAUUUGACCUGUUACUUUGCUCAGAUUUUAAAUUAGGGAAAGAGAGGUGGCAGAAGAUAUAGAUAUAUUAGUAUUAAGGUUCCAGUUCAUUGCUGUAUUUUUUUAAAUAUUUGUUUCUAUUAAUGAAGUGGUUGACCAUACAGUGACUUUAUAUAGAGAAGAGUCAGAUUUUUUUUUUAAAUGUUUCCCCAUUUUAUUGCAUUAUAACUAAAAAUAAUACCCAUAGAGUGAUAAGAAAUUUGAUGUUUUCAUGAUUUACAAUGUCCAUGACACAUGAAAAACUUGUGCUUAUAGUGAUUUGUUUUAGAUACAUUAUAACUAGUUGUGAAAUUCAAUGUCCAAGUUUGUCCAGAAUAUUUAAGAAUUUACAUGUACAAUGUUCUAUAAUAUGUGCUUAACUAAAUUUAUUAUUUUUAACAUUAAUACUGAAAUACAUUCAGCAUUUUCAAAACAGAGCAUGUAGAAAAUUUUUGAGUAGAAGAGCUCUGUAAUUUUCAAAUGUGAUAUAAUUUUCUACCAAAAAAAAAAAAAAUUAAAUUUUGAUAUACCAGUACUCAGAUUUUAUAAUAAUUUAGAAUUAUACUUGCAUUUUUGCUGAUGUUCAUAUGAAAACAAAAGUUUAAUGAUGAUAUACUCAGAUUUAACUAAUAUAGUCCUUGACAUUUUUUGCUGAUAUUGUUAAUAAUGUAACUACUGUAUUAUUAUAUUUGUAGGUAUUGUAUAUAAAUGCCAGAGAAAUAUUUGAAUUAUUUGCUCACAGGAAUGGUUGUGACUGAGUGAGAGGUUAGUAUGUUGAGUGGUUAUUCUUAAGUAUUAGAAUAUUACAUAUAACUAAAUUAGUUUAUAUUUUGAAGGAAAAUUUUCCUAGAAAUUUAACCGAUAUUUUCUGAAGACAUUUAUUAAAGAGAUAAAAUACUAGAAUCAUGGGGUAAGUUAUAAAACUAUUAAAAGAUACAUUUCAAAUGAUGUGUACAUGUUCUGGAAAAAAAAAAUGUGAGGAAGGCUGUUAACACUACUGGGUUUAUUCACAGGUUUUUAAUUCUUAUACAUUUUUCAAAAUCCAAAUUGCAUCCUUAUGGUUAGUAUUUAUCAGAGUAUUUAAAGCUUUUACAGUAAAAUUAGAAAUGGUCUCAAAAUUGUCCUUUUUUUUAAUACAUUAUAAAAUAGGAGACUACUGCUAUGUUGAAGCAGAAAUGUACUGCAUAAUUACCUACCUACUUAUGGAAUAAAAGAAAUACAAACCAAA